AUGACUAAUUCGCCUCCUGGAUCACCGCCCCGCAGCGGUAUCCAGCGUCCAUUGAGCGCGAUAAUGAGGCCUCCCCGGAGCCACAGUCGUUUGAGCGUUGGAAGCAAGCAAGGGGGAGGGAGUCGGGCGUCGGACGAAGACGGAAAGACCGCAGUCAAAGUCGCUGUUCGAGUACGACCACCGUUGAAGCCCACAGACCCUGGCUACGAAUUGAUACCCCCUCGGUUCCAACGGGCAACAGUCCAUGUCACAUCUGAUACGAGCUUAGCCGUGGACUCCCCUCAGGGUCGCAAACUCUUUGUUUUCGACAGAGUAUUCAACGAGACCAUUGACCAAGACGGUAUUUGGCAAUAUCUCCAAGACAGCGUCAACUCGUUCGUGCAGGGGUACAAUGUAUCAAUAUUGGCGUAUGGACAGUCCGGUGCCGGAAAAUCGUACACUAUGGGUACAUCCGGUCCCGCUGAACAGAAUGAUCCCCAAGCCAUGGGUAUCGUCCCCCGUGCGGCGCAGAUGCUUUUUGAAAAAUUAACGGAUAGCAAUGCGAAUCACUCCCGGACAGGAUCUACAGGAUUGCGGACCCCCGCAAGAUACUCAAUAGCGUCAUCUUUGCCGAAUUUUGGAAAGGGGAACUUGGAUAAAAACUGGCAACUAAAGGCCACUUAUGUCGAGAUCUACAACGAGCACCUUAGAGACCUUUUGGUUCCAGAAUCUACUCCAAUGAGCGAUCGAAACACUGUCACUAUCAGAGAGGAUACCAAGGGACGCAUCAUUCUCACCGGAUUAAACCAAGUGAACAUCAACUCCUUCGAAGACCUUCUCGGCGCCCUAAAUUUUGGUUCUGCGAUUCGACAGACAGAUGCUACGGCAGUUAACGCCAAAUCGUCUCGUUCGCACGCGGUUUUCAGCUUGAAUCUUGUUCAGCGCAAGGACCCAACCUCUACCAUGUCGGCAAAGGAAAAGCGAUUCUCUGUCCCUGUUGAGGCCUUUUCCGGUGCUGAUACUUCAUUUGUGACGGUCGAUAGUAAACUUCACUUCGUGGAUCUGGCUGGCAGCGAACGUUUGAAGAAUACUGGCGCGUCGGGAGAACGAGCGAAGGAAGGUAUAUCGAUUAAUGCUGGACUGGCAAGUUUGGGCAAGGUUAUCUCGCAGCUCUCCUCCCGUCACGCUGGAGCGCACGUUUCCUAUCGGGACUCCAAGCUCACACGCCUCCUUCAAGAUUCUUUGGGUGGCAAUGCGAUUACUUACAUGAUUGCUUGCGUGACUCCUGCCGAAUUUCAUCUCAGUGAAACCUUGAAUACUGUACAGUAUGCACAGCGAGCCAGGGCUAUCCAGAGUAAACCGAGGAUUCAGCAAGUUACCGAUGAGCGUGACAAGCAAGCUGUUAUUGAACGACUCAAGGCUGAAGUUGCUUUUUUGCGCCAACAAAUCCGGAACACCGAGGGCGGUGAGAGACGAAGUGGGCCUCUCCAAGACCGGUCAGAACGCCAAAGCGAACGUGAGAUAGAACUACAGAAUCACUUGUUGGAUAUCCAAGAGAGCUACACCGCCUUGAGUCAGCGCCACGCAAAGCUGAUCUCAGAGCUCACAAAAGCCUCCGAUUUCAACGGUGACGAUGACGACUUACAGAAUAUAAUCAGUGGCAGUGCCAUGGAGAGGUUGAAACGCUCACAUUCUUUUGCGGAAUCUGUCGAGCAAGUCGUCCUGGAAUACGAAAAGACAAUCCAAAGCCUAGAGUCCUCCUUGUCCAACACUCGUUCAUCGCUGUCGAAUACUGAGAGCACGCUUCUUGAAAGGGAGACGAAAUGUGCCUAUGUUGAGACAGUCAACUCUCAGCUCCAAGCCCGCAUUCAAAAGAUGAUGGACAGAGAGGCGAACACUGAGAGCUAUCUUCAUGAUCUAGAAUCCAAGCUUGAUGGUCACGCCUCAGGUGAAGAAAAGAACGCCUCAAUCAUUGCUGAAUUGCGCAAGGAGAUCGCACGUGCCCGAGAAAAUGAGGCGAGCUGCGAGGAUUAUAUCUCAACUUUGGAGGAAAGACUUGCCGAAGCCGACCAGGAUAUGGAACUAAUGCAACGAGAAAUGGAGAGAUUGGAACAUGUCAUCGACCGCCAACGGAGUCUUGGGAAGCUGGACACUCUACUUUACGAGUUGGAUCACAUCCAGCAAAAUGGUUCCAGGGGGGAGAAGGAAAAAGAUGUUAUUGUAGGCCCUCCACCUGCUACCGUACAGAAACGAAAGACUUCACGCGCACGAAGUCUUCAGCUCGAUGUCCUUAUGGAAGCUGCAGAGACCGCUAUUCCAGAAUCGGAUGACGAUCUCGUGGAUCAACCACUGUCAGAUGAAAACUUGCCAAGCGUUGAUGCUCCUAAUGACGAUUCUGGUUUGGAAGCACUUGAAAGAGCCUCAGCACCCCAGAAUGCGGACAACCUGACGGCCCACGAUGAAUAUCCUCCGCAAAGCCCCGCACAGUCACGCUUUGUUGCUGACAAGCUCGAGAGCGUGACCCACGAGUUGUUUGAACUUCGGAUUCAGCAUGAGAACACGGUCAAUGAGUAUGAUCUCCUUCAUGCGAAGUAUGACGAAGCUCUACGCACCCUUGCAGAACUUCGCGAUGCUGUUGACGAAGCCAGACAUCCAGCUGAGCCCACUACCCUCUCUCCAAUGGGUAAAACACACCCGGUUUCUUUUUUAGAAGACGUCGGAGCUCAGCAACUGAAAAAUGGAAACCAAUGUUCAUUGUCGCGAUCGCUUUCUUCGGAGCCCUCCUUGGAAGGGGAGUCGUCUAUUUCACUUGGCGAGCCGGACACUCUGGCCAUCCAGAGAGCGGAAUCAAGCCAACGAGAUGUUUGCGAGAAAGAUGAAACUAGCUCUCGUGAACUUGAAAGCCUACGGAGGCUUUUAGUAGAACACCAAGAAGGGAUGGGUGUUGUAACACAGAAAUAUGCUGAGCUCCAAGCCGAACAUGAAGAAACCCUUGGCCUAGUCGAGCAGCUCAAAGCGGAGGUUCAGAGAACUAAAGUGGUUUCUCCAACCACUCCAACAACUCCGAAAUCCCAGGUAAUCCGCCGGAUGACUAGCCAAAAUCUUAUCAAUCCAGACCGUGCUCAUAGAUCAUUUGCAACGCUGCGUAACAUUGCCGCUGAGGAAUUUGAGAGUCGACCGGAUACUAUGCAAAAUUUCGAGCUUAACCUCAAUACGGCAAUGCAUGAGCUUCACUCGCGAAUGGAACGGAUCCAAGCUCUUGAAGCUGAGAACAAGAACGUCAAGAAGGAAAUGGAAAUGAAAGCUACUAUAAUAUCCGGCUUGACCCGAGAAAGAUCUAGUUUGCAAGGCCAGUCGCCAGUUGAUUCCUCUGUUGUUUCUCAAAUGCGGGAUCAGAUUGUGCACUGCGAGACACAAAUUAAAGAACUUCAAGAAGCCCAUGAUAUUCGAGAGAAAGAACUCACUUCCGAACUGCAAACCCUUAAUGAGAUGCUGACUGUCCACAAAACUGCACUUGAACACAAGGAGGUGGAGGUUCAAGGCCAUAAGGAGAGGAUCGUACAACUCGAAGAUGAAAACACACAGUGGCAAGAAAAGCACCAGUCCGUCAUGUCCGACCUUGAGUCUGCACAGGAGAAAUUACAAUCUACGAUUGAGGAACUCCAGAGGGCGACGACUGAGCGAUCUCAGUGGCAAGACAAGCACCAAGCUGCCGCGGACGAGCUGGUAGCUUCUGAGAAACAACUUCAGACGACCCGUGCCGAACUUGACGCUGCCCUUGCCAGUGUGGACGCUAUGAGGAGCGAACGAAACGAGGUAGAUGGAGCCAACGCCCAGCAAAUCGCCGACGCAGCUACAAGCUUGGAAAACGAGCGACUUAAGCAUCAAGAACUCGUUGAUAGCCUUAAGAAGGAUAUUGAAGAGCUCAAGGAAUCUAUCGCUGCCAAUAUGUCAACGAUCUCUGAUCUUGAGAAGGCCCACACCGACAGCAGGACUGAACUUGCCGACCGCAUCGCUGAGAAAGAAACCACUAGCAAGGAGCUUGAGUCCUAUCGCAGUCGAGUCAACGAACUGUCUCGACAGAUUGAAAGCCACAAGAGCGCCUCCGAAGCACAACAAGCGGAACUAGCCUCGCUCCAGAUGUCUCAUGCGGAGGAAUUAAAAGAGCUGGAAAUCCGAACAAAAGCAGCGGCAGAAGCGGAGUACGAAUCACGUAUUGCACAGGAGAAUGUUAAGCAUCAACAGGCUCUCGAUGAUUUACAAGCUGAGAUUACUUCCUCUAAAAACGAAUUGACUCAGCUUCUCAACACAAUCAACUCCGUCCUAAGCACCCCUGUGACUGUUGAUACCAUUCACACCCAGCUGCAAGAUAUCAUUUCCCAGAAACAACAUUUUGCCGACAAAUACUCGGAGCUUAUCGAAGCCAAUGAGGCGCUUCUUCGUCAAGUUGACGAAAAGCAAAGCGGUCAUGCCGAUCUUGAACAGCAGAUUUCCGCUCUAAAUGACAAGAGCGAGAAGCAGGAGGCCAAGGUCAAUGAGCUUGCCCACCUGGUGGCUACCCAUGAGGACUCACUCAGUGCUAAGGACGAGCUUAUCAAGAAGAAAGAAGCUCUCAUUACUGAACUUAAGACUGAGAAGGACAAAAGCUUGCGACUGGUGGAGGAGCUCGAAGAACAAAUCACGAACACCUUCGACCAACAUCAUAAUCGUUUGUCGGUCAUCCAGGCUGAACGCAAUCAAGCUCUGGAGGAAGCAAACGCGAAGGUUGCACUAUACGAGAAAGAAGUCGAAUCCUACCGUGCGCGUAUUGAACAACUCGAGGCGCACACUAGGAAUGGCUCCCCCGAAGGUCACAAUGCCGACCGUACGAGUUCCAUAUCAUCGAACCUCAGAAAGAGCGCCUCUGCUGCAUCUCUCCCUUCCCCGCCUCCCGCAAUUCCUCUCCCACCACUUCCAAAUAUCGCCGCUGCCGCCAAUACCGGCAGCAUUUCCCCACCUAGCUCGAGGCAUACAAGCAAGGAGCUUGUGAAUGCUCAACUCGUCGAGGAUCAGGAAGCUCGCAUUCGCACAAUUGAGAAGCACCUGCAUGCGGAGAAGCAGCUUACCGCAACAUUAGAAGAAGCUCUCGGCGACCUCGAGGCUCAAAGUAACAAGGUAAAAACGGACAUGGAAGGCUGGAAGAAGAAGGCCUGGCAGCUGGAAGAAGAACUGAAUACUCUGCGAUCUGAACGUAAUUCCGCCAGACUUUCUCUCCAAGCUGUGGAAGAAGAGCGAAAUGCCCGACGAGAAGCAGAAGCGGCCCGCGCGCAUCUGGAAGAGAAGAUGAAUGCCAUCAGCAAGAAAAAGAAAAAGAGCACGUUGAACUGCUUCUAAGAAGCAGAGAACUCGAACCCAAAUUUUCUACCCUGCUUCGCUUGCCCCUUUCCUGAUAUCUACCCACAUCCCUCGCAACAUUUCCACUGUCUCAUAAUGUCUGUCGCUUAUCCACCCCCUUCUCAGCAGUCGUUUUUUCUAAUGCACAUGUACAUCCCAUCGCUUUGCUUUUUACCUUCUUAUGAUGUCAUUUAUGAACCCCGCUCCAUACAUCGGAUGCUCAUACAUGCUUGUCUUUGAUGUGGUGUUUCUUCUGAGUCCUGGAUAUCUUGUGUAUUAUUUCUUCCUUGGUCGCCUCAUCUGCGGCGCGCUUUGUUAUUUAUCAUUUUGCUUCAUACCCCCUUUUUCUGUUUAUUUUCAUUUUUGAUUUUGACCACGUUAUGAAGAUACCAUCUGAGAUUGACAAGUAUUGUCACCAUGUAAUUCCACAUAAUGGUAAAUCUUAACCAACGAAAAGGGGGAGGGGGUCUGCAUUUAUUUUGGCUUCAUUUCUGUAAAGUCCUGAUUGAUUUAUCCAUCUCUUUUCCUCCCCGUCCUCGCUUCUUUUCACCUCAGUUACCCUUGGAUUACAUGUGUACUAGCUCAACUUCGACCCUUGAAACUUUGCUCUAUGCCAAAUUGCAAUUGUCAAUCUUGCUAC